UUGAACGAUGAUGUGUUACAAUGACCACAGCACCGUGGUAGUGAUCAAUCGGCUACUUUAAAAAUAUAACGGUCAGGUAGAUGUCAAGAACAGUUGCUUGAAACCUGGUGGCACGAUAAUACGGGUGAACUUUUUGUGGAAAUAUGGCGCCAAAAUGCAAGGUUGGUACCAAAGGAAAGAAGCAGAUCUACGAGGAGAACACGGCAACUCUAAAGUUCUAUACCAGAGUCAUUCUUGGAGCAAAUGCCAUAUUCGCUGCUGUAAACCUCGUUCUCUUCUACAGUUCAUCAACAUUUUGGACAUGGCUCUUGCUGAUGUUUGCGCUGGUAGUUUACGUGGGAAGCUACCGGUCGAUGUCGGCAAUGGCCAAACCCGUAUUUGCAGAUGACGGCACCCUCCUGGACGGUGGGAUAGAUCUGAACAUGGAACAAGGGAUGUCAGAACACUUGAAAGAUGUCAUCCUGCUCACUGCGAUUGUUCAGGUCCUCAGCACAAUAUCAUUUUACUUCUGGUACCUGUGGCUCCUGGCCCCUGCCCGGGCGCUGUACUUGCUUUGGGUGAACUUUCUGGGCCCCUGGUUUACAGCUGAGACCCCAUCUGCUCCUGAGGAGGUAAAUGAGAAGAAACAGAGACGACAGGAGCGAAGACAGAUGAAGAGAUUCUAACCUGGUCUCUAACAGAUUAUAUAUUCAAAAUGUUAUAUUGAAUUAUUCUGUAAAAAAAUCUUUAUGCUUGCUGGGUUAGAAAUUGCAGAGGCACAGAGCUUAGAAAAAACAUGCUGUAACUUCUCAGUCUGUCACCAUGGACAACUGAUAAAACAAAGUGUUUUGGAUGCUGCAUUUCUGUGUUCUGUAAGGAUAUCUUCUCUAUUCCUGAUGGCACAAUGAUGGACAAACACUUUUUCAACUGAAAACAAAUAUUCAGUUGAGAAAAAUGUUAAUGGAAGUGAAUGAUCUUGUGAGAUUAUAUUUAGUAAUUCUCAGUAGAGUAAGUGUUCACAUGUGUGAGCACUAAAUAUGUCUUUAUGAAAUGUCAUACCCUGUUGAAUAUCCCAUGGAGUCACCCUUUUUGGGUGAGUUUACCCUCUUCCUAAUGCCAAGAGUAACCACAGCAAACACAGAUGUUAAAAUUUAUAUUUAUUAAUGCCAGGGGCAACUGUGACGCAAAGGUAUACAAAGGAGAGACAUGGUACCAUAGGUUAAGUUUUCCUGUGUGUUAAUUUUAGGACUAUCCAUCCACUUACCUGAAAUCAAAUUUCAGUUACAGAAGCCUUUAAUCACUGGAAUUGCUGAUAAUGGAAUACUGGGUUUAGGAUUUACUCAGAUUUAAAUGAUGAUAUUUUUGAAUUGGAUAAAAGGUAAUAUCCCACAUUAAGCAAAAUCUGACAGGAAAAUAAUUUUUAGUACAGUAAGACUAACUUCAUGUUCUCAUUCUAUAAAAGUUGUCUUCUUCAAUACAUGUCGUUAACUUUAAUACAAGAUAAAACACGGGGCACUAUAUUCUCUAAUGCUGACAAUACGCAAUGCCAUAAGUUCACAUUACUCAAGAUACUGUACUUUGUUUAGCAGUAAUAUAAUUGUUGCUGUUAAUGCUAAAUGACUACUUCUGUUAAACUACUAAAAGUAGAUCUGUGGCGAUAUCUUGGUGCAAAAAUCCUUGUUUGGUAUUUGUAGAUCUGUAUAAAUUGAUUCUGAAAUGUCUACCAACAUAGGUUGUGCUCAUGCAUAUGGCUUUGCACACAGGAUGGCUGCACUACCCAUCAAACAUGAACACCCGCACUUGUAAAUUGUUGUCAGAUAUUCUACUUCUAAUUAGUUCUCUUAUUUUAAAGUUAUCAUUCAAACAGAAGCCUAGCUAGUGUGUUCUGUUUUGAAGUGUAAUUUCCUUCCUUUGGUAUAUGUGCAGAAACUGAAAAUGGGAAGUCUCUGAUAAAACUAAUUUUAUGGCAUUAGAUAUGUUUACAGUUCCUUGCCUGUUCGGAACACCUUUUAUGGAUUUGGCCUGUGGAUAAUGCAAAGUGUAUUUGCCACCAUCCUUGACAAGAAUUUGCAUGAUAUUAGAGUUCUGUGGAGCUUCUUUCCUGCCAGAGUGUCUUCAUGUUACCAGAGUAUGUCUUA